ACCGCGUACGGAACGCGCCGGCUGGAGAGAGCGAGCGGUGAUUGGCUCGCGAGAUUCCUCCCUGCACUCGAGGUGGAGGCUAGGUGUCGCGUGUGUCGUCUCGUGCCUUGCGGUUUGUUGAGUUAAUCAUGCUCGCACGUCAGAUAGGCAAGCUCUUGCGGCACUCGUAUUCUCGUGCGAUCGUGAAUUGUCGCAAUGUUUCUUCGGGGAACGUCGAAGCAGAUGCAGCGGAGAGAGACCCGGCACCGUUCUUCUUCGACAAGGAGGUUCAGAAAUCCUUGAGAAGAUUGACGACGGUCGACUACAAGAAGGUCUUCCGGCCUCGCAUGGAUGGGCACAGGCUCAGGCGACCGGAGUACAAAUUCAUGACGGACGAGGAGCUCCAGGCAGCUAUGGACGCAGCAAAACGGAAAGCAAAUAGAUACCUACAAAUGCCACCAGUGGUUAAACAGAGAUCGGAAAUAACGACGGUGUUGGUCAAGGAUGCCGCGCUGCUGGAUCACGACACUGUUAAGUACGUCUUCACCGACAUUACGUUUGGUCUGAAGGACAGGGAGAGGAUCGUAGUAGUCAGGGAGCCUGACGGUACGCUGAGACACGCCAACUGGCAGGAGCGCGACAGGCUCAUGCAAACCUACUUUCCGAAACCGGGAAAGGAUAUCCGUAAACCAAGAAUGUUCGGAGGCAAAUAUCUGGAAAGCUUGUUGGAGCGCAGCAAGUACGAGUUCACACUGGACCGCGCGUGCAUUCAAUUUGACCCGGACGAUCCGGAUUACCAAGCGGUUACGCGGGCGGUUUACGAGCGCAUAAACUUGGAGAAGCACUUUGAGGCUCUAAGAUCGACGCGCCACUUCGGGCCGAUGGUGUUUCAUCUCGUGUGGACGAGUAACAUCGAUAACCUGUUGUGCGAGAUGAUCGAGACUGAUCGAAUGGAGGACGCGGUCCUACUGAUACGCCUGUAUCACAAAAUCCACCCCACGGCCGAGUCGGCGGUCAAUCGGUGCAAGGAUGACUCGAGCGACGAGGAAAUCGUGAUGCAUUACGCGCGUUUCGACUCCGCGAGGACAACCACGAUCGAGAAACUCGUGCAGUCGUACAAGGAAUUGCAUCAGCAGCGUAAACUGUUGGAGGAGGGGAUUAAGAAGGCGCACGGCUUAACUUCGAAUCAAGUGGAAACGGAUAAAGUGUAAAUAUAUGACCAAUAAAUCUAGCAUUUUAUGGUAA